AUGAAGCGACGAAUCACCUAUAUCCAGCGCCCUGAGGCGCCUUUCGCGCCGGAACAAGUGUCCCUUCUCUCAAACUCCGUUCAGAUCCAGGGUCUGGAUGCCGCCCGCGAAGACCGCAUUACCUUCGAUUUGGAUGACCUCCCCGAAGAGCUCCGUGCCGUAUGCCGUCAAUCACAAGAACUCCACAUUCGUUGGGCUACCGAGCGGCCCUUCGAUGCUAUCGCGCCCUUUGCCAGCAGAGUCUCCCCUGGUCUACACGUGCAUUAUACUCCUGUUACUGCGGGCCAGUCAUCGGAUGCAUUAUGCUCGGUCCUUCGAACCGCGUUUGGGGUCGUAGAAGAUGAUGUGAUUUGCACAAGUCCGGAGGACACUUUCAUUGCACCCCCGCUCCGAGCCACCGAGUCUGGUAUCGCAGCCUCUCUACAAUACCAUACACAGCUACCAUCCUUGACAUCACUGAUUGAUUUCCUCGUCAAAAAUGCGUGUGCAAAAGACGGGCCAUGCACUGCGCACGAUCUUGCCCUCCUCCUCAAGGCCGACAAUGUCGACUUGGACUUUGAUAUCACCUCGAACACAUUGACAAUGUCAGGGGUCUGGAAUAAUGCUCCAGAGACAGUCUGGUCGGAGACGAUAAAAGGCCCUGUUUUGAAGGCUGACAAAGUCGAAUUUGGGCUGUUGGGAGCGGAGAAGGGAAUCGAUGCGGAUGAAAUCAAGGUCGGAGGGCUGUUAGCAGUCGUAGGAGAGGACAAGAAAUUGAAACCUACGAUGUUCUCGUUCCCUUCACGGCAUCACGCUCUGCCCCAGUCCGCCAGCUACAUGGUCUCAUUCGCAAAGCCAACCGGUCUACAUCCGACAAUGUCCAUAUCUAUCCCUCGCUCUUCAUUGGGCCUACCCCCAGCACCCGAUGACACGACCUGCGGUUUGUAUACGUACGUGACACUUCCAUCAUCUGUCUUCGCGGACCAGUAUCAAAUUGGCACGACCGAUUCGCUUUUCCUCCGAUCCCAUAAUUUAGCAGGUCUGCGUGCCCAUGCGGGUGAAACAGACCUGGAGGCCCCAGACUGGGUCGUCAAGCGCUGGGGCUCGACCUGGCUCAUUGAACUAGCUACACCCGUGGACCAGGACCUCGACAGCGUUGUGAAAUCCGCCAAUUGGACCGCUACCAUUCCCCUUCAUCUACGCUACCUUAAUCCUUCUGAUUCAGGGUACCGAUCUGCGGAUGUCCCUUGGCCAGUCGUCUUCUGGGCUUGCAGCGCAGAGGAUGAAGAAGCUGGUAUGGGCAUCAAUCCAUUUGACCGCAAGCACCUCGGUUAUGACAGCCUUUUUGCUCCCCGUACACUCUUCUACCAGUUUCACCCUCAGUCCGAUCAUCUUGUGGAGGAGAUAGAUUUCCCUGUCCUUCACCUUAAAGAUGGAGAGGGCCUUUUCAAGUCUCGCAACAUCGAAGUGGCCACAUGCGCUGUCAUCUCCCUUGGAUUCUUGUGGAUUCUGUGGCGACUUGUGCAAGUCACCUGGUCGUCCGGUCUCGGUUCCAAUGGCAAGACGGAACGUUCUCAUAAACGUGAUAAGAAGGAGUAG